UCCCGCUUCCUUCCCCCCCACCGAGAACCCGCCAUUUUGAAAACCGUGUUGAUUCCGGCUCCGGGGAGAGUGUGAGCGCGAGCCCUGGAGCGCGCGCCUGUUCCCGCCCCCAUCCCGGUAACUGUCGCCUCCAGCCGCCGCCCACACGGGCGAAAGGAGCCGGACCCCGCCGGGCAGCGCCGAGCCGAGCUGAGAGCCACCCACCAUGUCUUCCUCAAAAGAUGAUACAAUGUCUGCUGAACAAACAGAUGAGAGAGAACCUGAAACUGAAAACAAAGUUGAGGAGAGUGAUGAGGAAGAGGAGGAGGAGGAAGAAGAAGAAAAAGAAAAGAGUCUCAUUGUUGAAGGGAAGAGAGAGAAGAAAAAAGUAGAGAGAUUGACCAUGCAGGUAUCCUCGUUACAAAGGGAACCUUUUACAAUUGCACCAGGAAAGGGACAAAAACUUUGCGAAAUUGAAAGGAUACAGUUUUUUUUGAGUAAGAAGAAAACGGAUGAACUCAGAAAUCUACACAAACUCCUUUACAACAGGCCAGGCACAGUUGCCUCACUAAAGAAGAACGUGGGUCAGUUCAGCGGGUUUCCAUUUGAAAAAGGAAGUGAUCAAUAUAAAAAAAAGGAAGAAAUGCUAAAAAAAUUCAGGAAUGCCAUGUUGAAAAGUAUCUGUGAGGUUCUUGAUUUGGAAAGAUCGGGAGUUAAUAAUGAACUGGUUACCAGAAUCUUAAACUUCUUAAUGCAUCCAAAACCUUCAGGCAAGCCAUUGCCAAAGUCCAAAAAAACACCCAGUAAAGGCGGCAAAAAAGAACGCAGUAGCUCAGGAACUGCACGAAAAGUAAAACGCACCAAAUGUCCUGAGAUUUUGUCGGAUGAAUCUAGUAGUGAGGAGGAGGAUGAAAAGAAAGAGAAGGCCGAAUCUUCUGAAGAAGAUAAAGAGAGUGAAGAGGAGCAACCAAAGAAAGCAUCUAAAAAAGAAAAACCUAAGCAAAAGAUGACUUCGAAAAACAAGAAAGCUGUGAAAAGUGCUAAUGUCAAGAAAGCAGAUAGUAGCACUACAAAGAAGAAUCAGAACAGUUCGAAAAAAGAUUUAGAAAGUGAGUCUGAGGAUAGUUCAGAUGACGAACCUUUAAUUAAAAAGUUGAAGAAACCACCUACAGAUGAAGAUCUUAAGGAAACUGUCAAGAAGUUAUUGGCCAAUGCAAAUUUGGAGGAAGUAACAAUGAAACAGAUUUGCAAAGAGGUAUAUGAAAGUUAUCCCAGUUAUGACUUGUCUGAAAGGAAAGAUUUCAUCAAAAAGACAGUUAAAGAGUUGAUUUCAUGAUCUAAUUUGACUGGAGGAAAUGAAAACUGCUGACUUACGUUCCCAUGGAUUUGAAGAUGAUAGACACCAGCAAAAAGAAUGUUUGUGAUAUAUUAUGUUUAGUCAGCGCUGAUUCUGCGGACCGAGUAUCAGUGUAAAUUGCUUUGUGUACCUUUUUAAUAAUUGCAUUUGAUGCAGGUUUUAGUUAACUUGCUUAAUUUUUUUUUUUUUUGCAUGGCAAUAAAUGUUCCCUUUUUAUAGUUUUGUACAUUUUGAAUUGCUUUGUAGUAGUAGAUUCAUUAAGACAUCAUAGCUUUUAAUGUGCUUUAAUACCUUUUUUUUUUAAGAAUCAAGUAGGACAAAAGUUGUUUAAGUGUUUGCACAUAUACAUGCAGAGAUUGUCUGGAAUAUUGCAGUAUUGGGUUAUACAAAUAUUGAAUACAUAUCAUUCUGAAAAUCUCAAGCUAGUGUUUAUAUUCUGAUUUACAUGCUAUAAAUUCAGAAUACUCAAUCUACAUUACUGUCUUGCAUGUGUAUGCACUGAGAACCAUCAAAGCAUGGUUACUAAUUGGCAGAUAUUAUUUUUGUACUUUUAAAGACUCUGUAUAUAAAGUUAUUGCAGAUUUCUGUUGUGCAAAUCAGUUUUUUAAAUCUCUAUAUUAGGACUUAAGACAUUUCAGUGUUCAGCAGUGAUGCUGGGAUGAAAAGUGGGAGGCUCCAUAAAAGUUUAUACAAAAGUUUGAAGUUUUACUGUUUGUCCAAUCUUGCCUUGUAAGGAAGAUUUACCUGUAAUUUUAUACUUAAGCUUU